AUGGGUGUGAAUAAUGUCACUCUUGGCCUGGUUUGCUGCGUGAUCGUGGCCGUCGUUGCUUUGGUUACACGCAAAGGACCAGACCCAAGGGAACCACCCUAUGUCAAAGAAACACUUCCGUACUUCAGUCACAUUUACGGCCUCUUGAAGCAUGGCCUGCGAUAUUUCGACGUCGUCAGCGCCCAGCAGCCGCAUCCAAUCUUUACGAUUGAUAUGUCAGGUCAAAAAAACUACAUUGUGACAUCUCCAGAACUCGUGCAGGCGGUUCAACGCAAUACAACCUCUCUGUCAUUCAGUCCUGCCAUGAUCCCUGCUUUCCGUCGAAUGAUGGGUUUCGAUGAGGCAGGUAUCGAGCUUAUCUUCCGUGAUGCACACACAGAGAAGGGCAUGUAUGGCGAGAUUCACCGGGUGCAGAAGGCUUCACUGCUACCUGGUACGGAAUCUCUGGAUGAACUCUGCACUGUUAUUCGCGGCAAGUUGUUGACCAUUGUCAAUGACAUGCCAUCGAGUCAGACCAUUGAUCUAUACGCCUGGGUCCAAGAUCUGUACAUGAGAACCAAUAACUCUGCAUGUUUUGGUGACAAAGACCCUUUCACCCUGAACCCAUCCCUAAUUUCCACAUUCUGGCUAUGGGAAGCAAACAUCAAAGUCCUUCUUUUGGGUAUUCCUUGGUUCCUAAGCCCCAAGAAGUACUCGACUGCACAGAAAACUCGUAAUGAGCUUGUCAAUGCAUUCUUCCAGUAUCUCGACAACGAUGGACUAGAUACUGCAUGCUCGUUUAUCAAGGAGCUGUCUAAUCUCGGCAUCCGUCGAGGUCUGAGUACUGAGAACAAUGCUCGCGCUCUGGUCGGUAGUAUCCUGGCCAUUGUCGGAAACACAAUCCCUACCACGUUUUGGCUCCUUAUCCAAAUCUUCUCCAGACCUGACCUCUUAAAGGAGAUUCGAUCAGAGCUCGAGGCCACUCUGGAAGAUCCCUCAUCGCGGUCGGAAAUCAGUCUCGACUACACCGUCAUCAGGGAAAAGUGCCCCAUCCUCAUGUCAACAUACGAAGAAAUUCUUCGCAUGACAAGUGGUAUCGCAACAGUACGCUACACAAACGAGGAUACCCUCAUCCAAGACCGCUGGCUGCUCAAGAAGGGUGCGCAAGUGCAGAUGCCUACAGCCUUCAUCCACGCUGAUCCCACGACCUGGGGUGCAGAUGCAGAGGUCUUUGACCACACAAGGUUUCUCAAGUCAAAGGUUCUCACCAAGGAGCAAAAGGCUCGUCGUGCUGCUGCUUUCAGGCCUUUCGGCGGUGGCAACACACUCUGCCCGGGUCGUCACUUUGCAUCGUAUGAGGUUCUUACUUUUGCGGGAAGCAUCCUGUUGGGAUUCGACAUGACUCCUACCACUGAGACUUUCAAUUUGCCAGAGAUGGAUAGAUCUAAGCUUCCUUUGACUUCACUUAAGCCAGCAGGUGACAUCAAAAUUAACCUCACCAGACGGAGUGGUUGGGAGAAGGCUCAUUUUAAGUAG